AUGCAUCCGGAGCUGCUGCUGCUGCUGCUGCUGCUGCUCCCCUCGCCGCACCCCGCACUUGUGGGCGCUCUGGCGGCGCGGGAGCGGCUGUGCGGGCACCGCCUGGUGCGGGAGCUCGUGCGUGUCUGCGGGGCGCCGCGCUGGUCCCCCGAGGUCGGCGGCGACUGGGAGCUGGUGCCUUGGCUGGAGGUGCGGCGACUCCACACGCUGGGCGCCUCCGGGGACCCCCAGCCUGGACGAGAAACCCCGGCCGCUUUCCAUCGCCGCCGCCGUGCUGUCAACCCCGUGCACCGCUGCUGCGUCCUCGGCUGCGCCCAGCACGACCUCGUGGGCUUCUGCCCACACUGA